AAGAAUCACAGAGUUAGUCUAAGGUCAGAAAGACAUCAUUCAGAAUGUGAUUUUUGGGAAGUUUAUAUUAAAAAGCCCAAAAGAUUCAAAACACUUGAAUAAAUAGGAUUACAUGUAUUUAGUUAUCCAUUUAACCAGAGUGACAAGGAUUUCAAAGGCAAAUACAGAAAGCCAUGUAGUUGUUUAAAAAAACAAACAAACAAACAAACAAACAAAAAAACCCAAAAACCCAAGUUGACUCUUUGAGAGAGAAGCUUAAAUAAUCAAGGACAACGUGAAGCACAGGAAAUUAUCCUUGCAAAACACAGAAUCCUUGUUUUCUAGGCAGACCAUUCAAAAGUGAAAUGAUUUUGAAAAACCUUUCACAAACUUCCGUCAAGAGCAGGCCUAUACUCCAAGAAAGUUUAGUCAUUUUAACAGGAGCUCAAAUGCUAGUUAUGCACUAUUUUGAUAUGAAUAAUAAUAGAUUCAUUCAAUUUUAGCCAGCUUGAUCUCACGAGAUUCUCUCUCUCCCUCUUCUCAACUUCCUAUAGCCAUUUUGUUUUUUCCUUCAUUUUCUUUUUCAACAAAAAACAUAUCUUCAUACCUCAUAUCUUUUCUUGACUGUCACACUAGCAUUCUGUAGAUUGGGAAGUCUGUGAAUACACCAUAAUUUCUAGAAGCACAUGUUUCCUUAUAAUUUUUCAAUGUAGCACAAGACGUGUUUACUAACAGACCCAAGUAUCUUUAGUUUCUCUGUCCAAAAGUAGAUAAACUUACAUUCAGCAAUUAAUGUUUCAGUAUUUAUCUUACGUGGACUUACAUUGAUUUAAUUCACUUGUUUUUAACGAUUAUGCUUGGAUUACAAAAAUGUCAUGAGACAUUAAAUAGCUAAGCCUCAUGUUUUCUUGCUGAGAAAUUUUGUAACAUAGAGAUAGCAGAAGCUUAUUUGUAAUUCACUUGUUUUUACCAUGAGCUUAUUUGACUAGUUAACCUAUGUAAAAUGAAAGCUGAAGGUCUGCCUUAUGUGUAACGCUUACAACUCUGAAAGCAUAUUGGCUUUUUAAACUAAACCAACAAUGUUUUUGUUUAUUGAAGAUUACCCAAGUCACAUGAACUUGAAAAGCAUUUGGAUUAGUUCCUAUUCUGAGAGUUUUCAGGAAUACUUAGUUUAUAUAAGCACUUGGUUUACUUAUAUCUAUUGAAUAGACGUAGCUAUAAGAUCUGUGUCUGUAUGUUUAUGUAUACAGACAGACACAGAGAUCUUAUAACUUUCAUUUCCCAAUUUUAGCCACAUGUCGAUUAAAAUAAUACAAAGCUGACUGGUUUAUAAAAGAAGCUGGAUCCAAACUGGACAGAUGGAACAAGUCAAGGUUAACUGCUCAGAAGGCUACAGCUUCUUACUGAAGAUUUUUUAAUUUGAAUACUGUAGGGAUUCUUUUAGAGAAGCUAUUUUUGAGUUAUUUUGUGUUCAUAAGCUUCUGCAUACAAAUCAAAGAAUGUAUUCCAUUGUCUCUGAAAGGUUUAGGAUACUCUUUUUUCAAAGGCACUCACAAAGACAGACUGACUAUCUUACCUAAAUUAAAGGUUCUCCAAAGUGGUCACUGAAAUUCCAAAUUAUUCUUUGUAAAGUUCACCCAUUUUUCCAAAAAGGCACAAGAUUCUGAUCCACCUUUGUGUUUGGACCCCAUCUUUACAUUAGUGUCUCUGACAGGUCUUAACUAUUAGAGAUUUUUUUUUCAGCAACUGUUCCAGAACACAGGGAAUUAUGUUUCACCCUUCUCCCUUUUGAGCAGAAUAGGGUGACGUCCUGAGAAAUUUCAGCAAAGGUUGCUGAGCAUAAUUGGAGAGUUCAGAUCCAAGAGAGACUUACUUUAGAACUCCAUGGCUGGGUGAGAAAGCAAUGAGUGCCGUGACCCUGGGUACCACUGCCUAGUUACUCAAUGGCCUUGGGCUUGUUGGGGGUCUUCUGAUCCUGCUUCUGACACCAAAAACUGUCGAAAGAAAAUUCAGGAUGCUUUUCUUAAUAUAAAUAUUAAGCGAGUAAUAAACUGCGAACAGGGAGACUUCCAAACCAAAAAUGCUAAGAAGCUUGUCUCACGAAGGUCAUAGUAAGGCUUAUAAAGCCUAGAAGAAGAAAUUCAUAUAGCUUAAUUCUCAUUAGUUAGAAUGAGUGGGUUAGUUUGGUCGUUACUGAUUUGCUACAACGUGCUGAGUCAUGCUGACCGAGAAAUGAAACUCAAGCUUCAAGUACAGUUUAGGUAUUUUGGAAAAUAGGUCUUUAAGAGUUUUUCCUGAGCUGGGUGUGGGACAUUGGCUCAGAGGCCAAGGCUUGUCUUGGCAUCUAUUUUGAUUUUUGCCUAACAGGACCGUUUUGUUGUCUAAGAGUAUCAUUCCAGUUUUAGUCUUUCUGAUUCUCUCCUGAUGGACUGCUGCUCUGCUAUGUACAUGUCUUUAGAUUGGUGCCUCUCCUUUCAUCUUUUAGUUAUCCUGACUCUAAAAGUAAGAACUAUGCGUACGUAGUAUAAUUUUGGAAAAGAUGUAAAUGCAAAGAAGAAAGCAAAAACAAACCCCAUGAGUCCCACUACUUACGCAUGCUGUUACAAUCUGAGCUCAGUGGUGAGUUACCUCAGCAAGUACAGUUAUAGAGGAAAGAGGAUAGACUUUCGAGACAGACCUGGCUUUCUACCCCAGAUUUGCUGCUUGCCAGCUGUGUGACAUCAAGCUGGUAUUAUUUGGUCCGAGCUUUGCUUUCCUCACGCGCAACAUGAGAAUAAUACCUGCCAGAGUUUUCUUUCUUUGAUCCUAAUGAUGCAUCAUGCCAGGAAAUUCUUUUUGAUCCCAAAACUUCAGUCUCAGAAUUAUUUGCCAUUUUAAGACAGUGGGUUCCUCAGGUCCAACAAAACAUUGACAUUAUUGGAAAUGAGAUUCUUAAGAGAGGUUGCAAUGUGAACGAUAGAGAUGGAUUGACAGAUAUGACUCUUUUACAUUAUACCUGCAAAUCUGGAGCUCAUGGUAUUGGUGAUGUGGAAACAGCUGUCAAAUUUGCAACUCAACUUAUUGACCUGGGAGCAGACAUUAGUUUGCGGAGUCGCUGGACAAACAUGAAUGCUUUGCAUUAUGCUGCUUAUUUUGAUGUCCCAGAACUUAUAGGAGUGAUUUUGAAAACAUCGAAACCAAAAGAUGUGGAUGCCACUUGCAGUGAUUUUAAUUUUGGAACAGCUUUGCAUAUUGCAGCGUACAACUUGUGUGCAGGUGCUGUGAAGUGCCUCUUGGAGCAAGGAGCAAAUCCUGCAUUUAGGAAUGACAAAGGACAGAUCCCUGCUGAUGUUGUUCCGGACCCAGUAGAUAUGCCGUUGGAGAUGGCUGAUGCUGCCGCCACUGCUAAGGAAAUCAAGCAGAUGCUCCUAGAUGCGGUGCCUCUGUCGUGUAACAUCUCAAAGGCCAUGCUUCCAAAUUAUGAUCACGUCACUGGCAAGGCAAUGCUUACGUCACUUGGCCUGAAGUUGGGGGACCGUGUUGUUAUUGCAGGACAGAAGGUUGGUACAUUAAGAUUUUGUGGAACCACUGAAUUUGCAAGUGGGCAGUGGGCUGGCAUUGAAUUGGAUGAACCGGAAGGAAAAAAUAAUGGAAGUGUUGGAAAAGUGCAGUACUUUAAAUGUGCCCCCAAAUAUGGUAUUUUUGCACCUCUUUCAAAGAUAAGUAAAGCAAAAGAUCGAAGGAAGAAUAUGGCACACACUCCUUCUGCAAAAGCUGCCGUGCCUCUCAUUAGGUCCCAGAAAAUUGACGUAGCUCAUGUAACGUCAAAAGUAAAUACUGGAUUAAUGACAUCAAAAAAAAAUAGUGCUUCUGAAUCAACACUUUCAUUGCCUCCCGGUGAAGAACUGAAAACUGUGACAGAGAAAGAUGUUACCCUGCUUGGAUCUGUCAGCAGCUGCUCCUCUACAUCUUCUUUGGAACACAGACAGAGCUACCCCAAGAAACAGAAUGCAAGCAGCAGUAACAAGAAGACAAUGAGCAAAAGCCCUUCCGUUUCACCCAGAGCCAGUGCUGGUUUGAAUUCCUCAGCAACAUCUACAGCAAAUAAUAGCCGUUGUGAGGGGGACCUCCGCCUCGGGGAGAGAGUGCUAGUGGUAGGACAGAGACUGGGCACCAUUAGGUUCUUUGGGACAACAAACUUUGCUCCAGGAUAUUGGUAUGGUAUAGAGCUUGAAAAACCGCAUGGCAAGAAUGAUGGUUCAGUUGGAGGUGUGCAGUAUUUUAGUUGUUCUCCAAGAUAUGGAAUAUUUGCUCCCCCAUCCAGGGUGCAAAGAGUGACAGAUUCCCUGGAUACCCUUUCAGAAAUUUCAAAUAAACAGAAACAUUCUUAUCCUGGUUUUAGGAGAAGUUUUAGCACAACUUCCGCUUCUUCCCAAAAGGAGAUUAACAGAAGAAAUGCUUUUGCCAAAUCAAAAGCUGCUUUGCGUCGCAGUUGGAGCAGCACCCCCACUGCAGGGAGCAUUGAAGGGAGCGUGAAGCUGCACGAGGGGUCUCAGGUCCUGCUCACGAGCUCUAAUGAGAUGGGUACUGUUAGGUACGUGGGCCCCACUGACUUUGCUUCAGGUAUCUGGCUUGGACUUGAGCUCCGAAGUGCCAAGGGGAAAAAUGAUGGGUCAGUGGGUGACAAGCGCUAUUUCACCUGUAAGCCGAACCACGGAGUCUUAGUUCGACCGAGCAGAGUGACCUAUCGGGGGAUUAAUGGGUCAAAACUUGUGGAUGAGAAUUGUUGAGUUAAGCUUCUAAAAUAUUAAAUAAGCUUGAAUAUAUAUAUUUGGUGUAAAUAAAGAGUCCAUGGUAAAUGGUUUACUUUAGCCAUAUUUAAAAUUUGAAAAUAGAGUUAUUAUCUUAAAAAUCAUUAUAACAAUUCAGAGAGAGUUCUUUACAAAGCCAUGAAUAUGAACUCUGGGGAAUCAUGAUUCUUUUAAAGCAAUUUUCAAAAUAAGUAUUAUUUAAAGCUUUAGGUCCCAAGAAAAUUCUGGGACUCAGGAAAAAAAGUGCCAUCAGGUGACCAGCUGUUACAUUUCUUUGCUUAUUCUGUUUUAAUUUUACACAUCAUAUUGGAUUUUUCUUAGCACCCUAAUUGUGAAGGGUUUCUCUAGCUUUGUUACGUGUAUUGUUCACAUGACCUUUAUUUGUCAAGCAUUUUUGGAAUUUUUCUUUCUUUCCGUGCUUUAUUACUGAUAAGUCCAAUAAGAGAAUAGUCGCUGGAUUGCUAGUAUAUUUUUUAUAUAUUUUGGUAAAAUUAUUUGCCUUUUCAUAAAUGCCUCAUCUAAAGAUACGUGAUAACUUUGGUGUUGGAAGGGGCCUUAGAGGCUCUCCGGCUCUGCUUCUUGCCCAUUGCCAAAUACUGAAAUGAAGCCUGGCUUACCUGGGGUCACUAACCAGUUGGUUAACUGAGUUAAGAAUAGAAUGUGGGUCUCCUCACUUGUGGCCCCGUAUUCUUUCCUCUGUACAAAAUAUCCAAUCUCAGAUUUUUCUUCUGCUGCUUGACUGCUUCAUCUGGAUAAACUACAAAAAAUCCAUGAUUAAGGUUUAUGAAUUCAAGUAAUAAUUAGAAUUUUUUUGCACAAACUUAACUUCCUUAUUGGAUAUGUUUGUAACACAUAAACACGAAGCACUUUUAAAACAUAACGCACUUUUCUCUUUGUGAAGAAUUUACCAUCCUUUCCUUCUGGGAUAUGAGAAACAUUUUUAAAAAAAGUAUUUAACAGAAGAGAGCAAGUUAAGAUGUAUUAGGAAAGGUGUAUUAGUUAUUUACUUAAAUGUUUAUAAUAUCUGGAUUUUUUUUUUGUUUUAUUACUCAUAGAACUGGUGUUGUGUUUGCUGUUUUUAUAUCUCCAAUUGUUGCAGAGCUCAGCCUGUUAUAAAGCUACAGAACUGUAUUUUCAUUUUCUUUCUUGGGCACAUGAUAACAAACUAAGCUUCAUAAUAGUGUGAUGUCAUCAUAUAAAAUGUUUGUAUUGUGGUUAAGUAUUGAUGUUUAUGUCCUGUCUGCGUAAAGAUUUAUCUUUUAUUGUAAGCAUUUAGACUUUACCACAGAAAUAUUGGAACAGUUUGCUUUAUAAGAUUAAAAAGUAUCCUUCAGAAUGGAGCUCGCCUUGUGCUUAGAAAUAAUAUGUUGAACUAUUUUGCAAUAUACUAUUUUAAAUCUGAAUUCUGCCACUUUGCUGCCUUUUUAAAAUAGUGUGUGGUGUUUCAAAUACUGAUAGAGCUAUUUUCCUGAAAUACAUUUGCAAAAUAAAGGCUGCUUUGUAAUCAAGGAAUAUUUUUACUGAUAGAAGGAAAUGACUGUACUGCGGUUGAAAAGUAAAGUUAUUUUAUUAUACAGAUUAUUUCUUAAAAAUUCUAUUUAUACUUUAACUUGAAAUCCAUGACCACACCAAACUUGGUUAUUCAUAAUUUUUCCUGUUAAAUAUAAAACACUGUAAGUUAAAAAACAGUAAUGCCAACAUUGAAUUUAUUUUUGAGGUCAAAGAACGGUUCUCUUUAUAUUUAGAUGAGGAUUAAGUCCAUAUAACAUGUAUGUUUACCUAUACUAUACAUGCAAAUUAGGUGUUUUCAUUUGUGUUUUGCUUAUGAAAUGUCAUUUAAAGUUCACUUCUUGAGCAUCAAUAAAAAGGGAAGCUGUGUGGUUUUGGAA